AUGAGUGAUUGUGAUCCCUCUUCCUUUGGAGUGCAUUUUUCAAACUCAAAGAAUCCUCAAUGGUGUGUGCCAAACGCAUCGUCUUCGGCAACACAGACAUCAUCAAAACGGAGAAUAUCCCCAUCAUCAUUAACAACAUCACAAUCGGGGAGAAACGGUCCAUAUACUGCUGCAUCGGCGUUAGGAAAAAGAAGUACCGACCAACACCAAGAAGAUCAGCCAAUAUAUCAAUCAUCGUAUCAUCAUCAACACAUGACACAUACACCACAAAGUUUUAAUUUCUCAUCAAACAUGUCGGAGAAGGAAAAUGACAUGCUCUUGAUGGAAUACAAUAAUAUGAACAGCAGUGAUGAUGAACGUGAUGAUUCUUCGGAUGAGUCUAUAGAAUUAUUUGAACCUAGAUCUAACAAAAAGAUCAAGCAAGUACAUACUGUUAGCAUCAAAAUUGAAACCUCUUCAUCCUCUACUAAUUCCAUAACUUGCUCCUUUCCCUUUUAUUCCAUUUCCUCCUGUCACAACAGUAGUAUUUGCAAGAGUCUUAUUUCCAACUCUCCCAUUUCUUCCCAAUCCAUUAUUACCUCCCCUAUGAAUAUUUUGAAUCAAUACUCAAAUUGUAACAGUACACUUUCUUUUAUUAAUAUUAGGACGUUAACUGGGCAAACAAUGCGUGUAUAUAAUUUUCAUAAUUUAACUUUGCAUGAUUUGAAGACAGCCAUAGCUGAAAUAUUUCAAAUUCCUUAUGAGAAACAACGAAUUGUACACAAAGGCAAAAUACUUGGAGACGAGAAUUCAUUUAUGGUUCCACUCGUUCAAUUAGGUCUUUCCUCAUCAGAUUCUUUGUAUGUUGUCCUUGACUUUUUUAACAACCGAAAAGUCAUGGACUCGAUCCCUCGGCAUGACGAUAGAUUCACAUUGCCCGACUCUUACUUUUAUUCAUUUUCUCACGAAGAAAAUCAUGUGAGUGACAACAACACACAAUCAUCACCGACAUCAUCGAGCAAUCAUCAUGAUGAAAAUAUUAUGGAUCAAUCGUUUGACGAAUCCUGA